AUAUACAAGAUUCACCCAGAGUGGUGAGUUGUCUCAGAUUGCAUUUGCCUUCAGAGAUUCACAGUGCACUGAAAGAUCACAAAAAGAACUAAGCAACUAUAGAAAGGAGAACGAGAAGGGAAGGGAAAGAACUGCACUGAAUGUGAGGCCAUGUAUAAGCUUAAAAUGUAUUUUUAUAUUUACCUUUUCAUGUUAAUCAUACCGGGGCCAGCGGAUCUUAAUGAAAGUAACCAGGCAAAUGAGAACAUAGAGAAAGAUGGACUGUGCAAUGCAUGUACAUGGAGGCAAAGUACAAAAUCGUCCAGGAUAGAAGCUAUAAAAAUCCAGAUCCUCAGCAAACUGCGCCUGGAGCAAGCGCCUAACAUUAGCCGGGAUGCUAUACGGCAACUUCUACCCAAAGCUCCUCCGCUCCAAGAACUGAUAGAUCAAUAUGACGUCCAGAGAGAUGACAGUAGCGAUGGUUCCUUGGAAGAUGAUGAUUACCAUGCUACAACGGAAACUAUUAUUACAAUGCCCACAGAAUCUGACUUCCCUAUGCCAGUGGAAGGAAAACCCAAAUGUUGCUUUUUUAAAUUUAGCUCUAAAAUACAGUAUAACAAAGUAGUGAAGGCUCAGUUGUGGAUAUAUUUAAGACAAGUCCAGAGGCCUACGACAGUAUUUGUGCAGAUCUUGAGACUCAUCCGACCUAUGAAAGAUGGGACAACUUCUACUGCAAUUCGAUCUUUAAAACUUGAUAUGAACCCAGGCACCGGUAUUUGGCAGAGUAUCGAUGUGAAGACCGUGUUGCAAAAUUGGCUCAAACAACCCGAGUCCAACUUGGGCAUUGAAAUCAAAGCUUUGGAUGACAAAGGAAGAGAUCUUGCAGUAACUUAUCCAGGACCAGGGGAAGAGGGCUUGAAUCCGUUUCUAGAAGUCAGGAUUACGGAUACACCAAAAAGAUCUCGUAGAGAUUUUGGUCUUGACUGUGAUGAACACUCGACAGAAUCUCGAUGUUGUCGCUACCCACUGACUGUGGAUUUUGAAGCUUUUGGAUGGGACUGGAUCAUUGCUCCCAAAAGAUACAAAGCGAACUACUGCUCUGGGGAAUGUGAAUUUGUGUUUUUGCAGAAAUAUCCACACACUCAUCUUGUGCACCAAGCGAAUCCAAGAGGUUCCGCGGGCCCUUGCUGCACACCUACUAAGAUGUCUCCCAUUAAUAUGCUUUAUUUCAAUGGAAAAGAACAAAUAAUAUACGGGAAGAUACCAGCCAUGGUAGUAGACCGUUGCGGGUGCUCAUGAGUGCUUCAUUAGGGUUGCUACUUCAUAAAAUGUGGAAUCUACCAAAAUUACCCUUCAGCAAUUUUUGAAACUGUGAAUUUUUGUACUCUAAUAGGCCAUACAAUAGGCUAUUAGAAAAUUUCCUUCAAAACAAGCUACAGUAUGUGAACUGAAAAAGACAUUUAUGUACGCAAGAGCUGGUUUUAACCAGUGAAAAAGAUAAGCUACAAGCAAUCUCACAGGAUUUCACAAUGAAUUUCUUAUUCUGGAAAGGGAUAAGUUUCCAUUUAUGCAACAACGUAGUCAUAUACAGUUUCCGCAGAUAGAAAUAGGUAAAAGCAACUCCAUGUAUUCCAGAGAAUGAAAAGGAGUGAGCUCUGAGAUGUAGUUUAAACAGGUUUAGUUUACUGUUGUAUUUGCAUUAGAGGAUAUAUUGGUGACGUAUGAAGUAACACUGAAUUGUCCUCAGACACUUGAACUGAGUUUAGAUGAUAAAAACUGAUAAGAUGAAAUUCCACAAAAACAUAGAUAAGUCUACAAAUCAGCAUAGGUAUAUUGUAUGCAUAUUAUUUCCAUUCCUUUUAUAAUUAGUGCGUUCAUUAUUUACUGCCAAUGGUGCUAUCACAGUACGCUAUCAAAAUACAAUCCCAAGAUUUGCUACAAGAGCUCAUUAGUUUUUAGAGUAGGAAACACCAAAAGUGAAGUCACUACAAGGUUACAAAAUCCCAAUAUUGUUAUAGUAUUGCAGAUACCAGUAAGUCUGGGCCGUAAGUAGUUAGGUAAAAGAUAUAAGUAUGCAGCACAACAAUAACCCCCCCCCCCCUCUCCUCAACAAUAAUGUAUUGAUCGUUCACAAGGAACGGGGAUUUGAACGGGUUAUUUUUUAGUUUAACAGACGUCCACAUUACAAAGUAACAGAGAAGGCAAUAAACAGCUUAUUAAGGGUUAAUUUUAACAGUCCACGCUUGCAACAUUACAGUUUGCUCUAUCAAAAGCCAAUGGGGAAAAAUCAUAAAUACAAGAAUUAUAAAAUGCUGAUACAUUACUAAAUUUGUGUAAUAUAUAUAUACAAUAUUAUAUUGUAAAUAAACAUUUUUGUUAUUAUUUACCUUGACUACGCUAUGAGAAUACGGUACAAGAAAUACAUGUCCCAUUGCAGAAAAGUACACCUCUGCCAGUAAUGAGCGAACUAUUUUAUUUCUGUGUAACAAACACAUGCUGAUAAUUCAGCAAAUUCUCAUGAGUCUGACUGUGCAAUCCUACACAGAGUUGCACCUUUCAUAGGGUGUCACUAUUUAGGAUUGUACUGUAAAAGUACCAACACUCGCAACGACCCAGAACAUCACGCAAAAAAAGCAGAAGAUCGAGUUUUCUUGUGCGAGAUUUGCGUGAUGUUGUGCAAAUCUCACACGAGAAAACGCAAUCUUCCGCGUUUUUUGCGUGAUGUUCUGGGUCGUUGCAAGUGAAGGUAAGCAGUGUGAAAAGGGCCAAUGAUCGAGCUGUUCACUAGCUUUGCAAAAUUCUGCUGCUCGUAGAAGGAGCAAAACAUCUGUGGAACUAAAUCAAAAGAUUUUUUCCCCCUGCAUGUACCAAUGUUGCACAACCUCUUCUGCAAGCAGAAGCCUAAAAACUGCUACCUACCUAGUAUUUAACAGUUAUCCAGGCCUGUGCAUAGGAAUUUGGAGAACACUGUGAACGGAUGUUUUCCUUUCACUCACAGGUCUUUGGAUCUCACCCUAUGGUCCACGUUGUUCCUUCUUUGUUACAGUUAAAACAAUAUUUUUUCCAUACGUUGAUAAUAAAUCGAUAUACUGUAAUAGCACAAACUCUAAUAUUUUCAUUAACUGUAUUUUUCUUUAGAGUUCAAAUACUGCAAAAAUAUUUUAUUAUCUUGAUUUUAUAAGUAUGUAAUAAACUUUGAUUUUUCACAUAUUACUGUAUAUUUUGCUCUGCAUAAUCAGUAAUUUUUAAUCAAAAACAAAGUUUAGAAAUCUACCUAUUUCCUAUGAUGGGACAUUAUUUUCAAAUGUGAAAGAUGAUUGAAAAUACAGCUACUGUUAAAUAACCACUAGAAUUUCUGUUAAAAUAUUGUUCAUUUUUGUAUGAUAUCCAAGUUCUAUUUGUUGUAUUCUGAAUUUCAACUUAUCAUUUUAUUUGUGUGAAAUUACAACAAAAUAUUAGUC